AUGACUUCGAGAAGGAUCGUAUCUACUGGAGAGAAUCUGUUUGACAAAGAUGAAAGGACCAACACUCCUAAUGCAUCGGAGAAAUCAAACAUCACUCCUGCGGUUCCUACAGCUGUCAUAUACAAGCUCUUGGGGUUCACUCUGGCAAUGAUAGCAGGCCCCAUAGGAACAUACUUCCUGACUCUCAACACUAUAUUUCGAGGCAAAUCGACAUGGGCAGGAGCAACGGCUGCUUUCAUGGCAAAUAUGGUACUCAUAGCAUAUGUCAUCGUCGCUAUGAGAGAGGAUGAGAGUGAGAAACUAGCUGCUGAGGAAAAGGCCAGGAAGGGAGAAUGA